AUGCCGCAAUCUAAGACAGACGACCACCACCACCAUGGGAUUAAAAGUAUCUUCAGGAAGGAUCACUCUCCUGCCCUGGACUCAUCGUCUGCUGGCUCCCACAUUGGGCUUCUGAAGUUCUUCCACCACCACAGCAACGAUUCCGCUCCUGAGAGCCCGGGCAAGUUGUCUAGGUCUUCUUCAAUCUUAUCGUUGAAGAAAAACUCUACUUCCACUAAUUUGAGCUCAAGGACUCCUGAUGAACCUAAAAAAGGGCUCACAAAGGCCGAAACGUUGGCUCAUAUCCAACACAUGUCCCACAAGAAUCAAAUACGAAGUCAAAAUGCAAACAACGCAAACAAUGGCAGUCCCACCUCCGGUGGUUCUGGGAUGCCUAAUAACCUCAAUAACAACAACAGUCAUAGCAAAUUGAGCUUAAAUACGGCUUUUGCCAAUAACGGAUCCAAGCUUCCUGGCCCCCCAAGCUCAGGAGGCCAUGACAAGAUCAAGUAUAAUCCAUUUGGGCUUAACAAGACUCCACUGGACACCCCUAAGCAUACAUCCUUCUACAUGGCUGGUACAUCUGAUGGUCAACGUGUGUUGAGCAACCCGAUCAAGGAUCCUAACGAACUCCUCCCUAAGUCGUUGCAACAAGAUCAUGUCAACCUUUUGGAUGACUUCGAGUUUGAUUUAUCAAACUCAAAAUUGGGAUUUGGUGGAUCCGCUGACGUUAUGCUUAUUAAUGUUAUUGGUCAUAAGAAGCAGGUGUACGCAUUGAAGAAGUUUUCUCUCUUGAGUAAAGAAACCGAUGAGGAAUUCUACAAGAGAGCAAUUAAAGAAUUCAUAUUUUCCAAAAAAUUGGGCGAAUGUAGACACAUUGUUGACACUUUGGCGCUUGUCAAGAUCCAAUCACAAACUAAUUUAACGAGAGGUUGGGGUUUUGUAUUGGAAUUCUGCCAAGGAGGAGAUUUGUUUAAUACUAUUGUGAAGCCAGGUUGGAAGAGAGUUCCUCUUUCUGAGAAGUUUUGUAUAUUUAAACAAAUUGCCUACGGGUUGAAGUUUAUCCAUGACAAUGAUAUAGUCCAUAGAGAUUUGAAGCCGGAGAAUAUCUUGAUAGACUCCAAUGGUUUAGCCAAGAUCUGUGAUUUUGGUGUCAGUGAAUAUGGACAUACAGUUCCUGGGGACUUCACAUCAGAAGUGAUAAAAUGCCAUUCCUAUGUGGGAUCUCCACCGUAUUCUCCACCAGAGGUUAUGAAAUUGAAGGAGUUGAGUCUGCAUGAAGUGAAGAACUGGGCCUACGAUCCAUUCAAGAUGGAUCACUGGUCAUUGGGUAUGUUAUUGUUCUGUAUUGUAUACAGUGGAGUUCCAUUUUCCCAGGCCAACGUAGGUGACCAUGGUUAUAGAGAUUAUAAAUUUAGUCACGAACGUUUCUGCCUGAAUCACCCAACUUUCAAGACAAGGAAAGAACCUGGUAAGGGUCCGGGAUCUGAAUUCAAAUGGGCAUCGCAGUUCAAUUCCACAGGCGCUUCUAGAGUUGCCUGGAAAUUGUGCGACCCAAGUGUUAACAACAGAUUCACGGUUGAUGACUUGUUCAAGGACUCCUGGUUCACGGGAUUGGAAAUGUGUAUUUAUGAGAGUGAAGAUCAAGAUGACAACCCAUUUGUCUUACAAACUGCGGGCAGCUUUGGAGGCUCCUCUGGCUAUUCAUCAGGAGCCAACUCUCAGGCUCCAUCCAGAAAAAAUACGUUCAGCGGACAUCUGCACCAUCCUUCACGCGACGAGGGACCUCAUACUCCAGUGCGGAGUAUGUUGGACUUGACUACUCCUCAACAACAAAAGGAUCUCCAAUCGCAAGCCCAGCAGUUGAAUACUCCUGUAAACGGCAGUGGUGGUGAUGCUUCAUCCAUUCAUUCCAACUCAUCUUUAACAAAUGCACCAUUAAGCAUCAACCAACCUUCUGGAGCUCAAGCUCCCUCUACACCUCAGGGAGGUUCUGCCUCGAAGAAGGCUUCUUCGGCUGAGUCAUUAAUACCAAAAGUUAAGUCCAUGUUGGACUUCAAUUACCAAGAUGACAGCGCUGCAGCCGCCAGUAACUCUGUUCCAACAGCUAUUCAAGAGGAAGAACCAAAGGAGAAAUUCCCGGAAAUUGAACCUGCAGAAAACCAGACCUUAGCCGAUGGGGAGAAGCCUGCUGAAGAAGACGAUGACAUUGUUAGUAAUAUCGUUCGCCCUAAACGUGAGUCUAUAGGUGAAAGGGUUCAUGAAGAUUUACAAACUCCAACUGAGCCAUUAGAUGUUCAUCCAGAACAUUUUGAUGAAGGUCCACCAACCAAGUUACCAUUGCUGUUACAGCCUAAGAGAUUAAAGACAGUCACGGAUUUGACUUUUGACUCCAAUGGUAACUGCGACCUUGGCUAUAGAAUUAAGAAACAUCACCAUCUUGAUACUGCGCAGUUAGCAGUUUCUGGAUCGUUAUCGAGAAGGGUCUGA